ACUAUAUGGAAAAAAUUGAACUGAGUUUGAACCGCGUCGGAGAAAACGGCCAUUAGUGGUCGGAAACAAACAGUGCAUCAUCAAAAGAAAACAAAAACAAAAUACCAUAGUAGCGUCAAGCUCUGAACAAUCUACGAUUGUAAGUUCACUCAGGACAAUUUUUCACGCCUUUUUGUCAUAAAAGCAUCGUUGAGUCAAAUUGCUGACGAGAAUCGCAGCAAAAAUUUACUUUGAGAAAGUCAACCAUUUUUUCAUUGUUCAAUAUUUCGAGAAUUUUUGGAUUCUUCUAAUUCGACUGAGCGAUUACAAUCAAAGAAAAUGGGCCCGAAACCAUGCAUCAAACGAAAAAAGUCGGUGAAGAAAAGUACCAGAGACGACAGCUCAGAAAGCAGUACGUCGAACGAAACUGAUCCAAGGCCCAUGAAGAGCUACAGACAAGAGAUGCAUGGUGUACAGCGAUACUGCACAGAAUUCGAGUGGAUUUUGUCAGAUUGGUCUUUGCGUUUCGACCUUGCUUAUUCGAAAGGUAUCGAAUCAAACCGCUUUGAAAUUGAAGGCUUGAAUCGAGGGUUCUGUACAUUAUUCCUUAUUCCAAAAGCCCCCAAGAGCGAUUUGACCAUCGAGCUGUCCGAGACCACCUCAAUUUUAGCAAUGAAAGUAAAAAUAAGGAUAAACGAAUGGAAACCAAUUUCCUACAGCUUCAAUCAACCAGUUCCCCAAAAUAUUCCACUUCAGAUAAAUGUGCCGCUUGAGAAAAAAACGGUGCACGAAGUUCUGAAUACCACAUUGUCGACGGAAGCACAUGACAAAUUGACACUGACAGUUACAUUUAUUAUCACGAGACGCACUGAAUUAGUAGUCUCUGAAAACCCUCCAAAUAUUUUGGAGAGAAUAAAAGAGAUGUGGGACAGAAAAACCUUUUGCGACGUGACUUUUCUGUUGGGUGAUCAAGAACUUCCGGCGCAUAAAGCAAUUGUCGCCUCGCAGAGCAAAGUUCUUGAAACAAUGUUUCUCAAUGAGAAUACAGAAGAAAAAAAGACUGUGGUACGAAUCAAUGACACCAGUGCAGAGGUUUUCAAGGAAUUUCUCAAUUAUCUUUACACCGGAGGAAUAAAUGAUCUGGAAGAUAUAACCAAAGAAAUGAUCCAGGUUGCCAACACGUAUCAAGUCACUGAAUUGAAAACAUUGUGUGAAAAUUAUAUGCUCAAUAAUCUUUGUACGGACAAUGUAGUUGAGUAUCUUUUGAUUGCCGAAUCGCUGUGCUGCACAGAACUGAAGAAACAAUCUCUCAGGCUUUUGGACAAGAGUUCCAGUGCAUUAGCGCAAGUUAUUGAAACCGGUGAUCCGGUUGUGUCAGGAUGUUUAAGACAUAUUUUGAGGAAUUCUCUCAAAAAGUGAACGACAUUUCAUUGGCUGAGAAAUUAUUUAAUUUUUUUACUUUCAUUAUGCGAUUGAUCAUUUCUGUAUAAGGGAACAUCAAUCGCCCAAAUGUGAUUAUUUUUUUAUUUUUUCAAAAUCUCUUGGUAUCAAAAAAUGCUAUUAAAAUUUGUCUACUAAUCUCCAUCCGAAUCUGUUGAAGGCAGAAUAUUUCUUUACACUCUGUGGUUGAUAAUUUUAGAAAAAAGAAAAACACUUUAUUUUGUAAUCAUUAGACCCAAUGUGAACUUUUUUGAAUUUGUUUUUUUUUCGUUACAGUUACAUUUAAAAAUGUAGAGCAAAGACUUGAUCAAACCUCCAUCGUAUUUCUUUUAACGUCCAUCAAAUUAUUGUUAACUAAUUCAUGGUAAAAGUUAAAUCUUGAAUCUUUUGUAUAUUAUUUUA